GUUCCGACUCGGGAGAGCAUCCAUAUGUACUAUCAGAACCACAUCAUGAACCUUUCCAGAGAGUCAGGACUGGACACCAUUGACGAGCGACCCGGAGCUGCUUCAGGUGCACAGACAGCCCACAGGAUGGAUAGUUUAGAUUCACAUGACAGUAUCUCCAGCGAGCCCACGCAGUGCACCAUGCUGUACUCACGCCAGGGGACCACUGAGACCAUUGAGGAGGUGGAGGCUGAGCAGGAGGAGGAGGCAGGGAGCACGGUGCCUGAGCCCAGGGAGGCCAAGGAGUACGAGGCCGCCGGGUACGAUGUGGGAGCCAUGGGUGCUGAAGAGGCCAGCCUCACCCCAGAGGAAGAGCUGACACAGUUCUCCACCUUGGAUGGGGACGUGGAGGCCCCACCCUCCUACAGCAAGGCUGUGAGCUUCGAGCAUCUGUCCUUCGGCUCGCAGGACGACUCUGCAGGCAAGAACCACAUGGCAGUCAGCCCGGACGACAGCCGCACCGACAAGCUGGGGUCCAGCAUCUUACCUCCCUUGACGCACGAGCUGACGGCCAGCGAGCUGCUGCUGAACAAGAUGUUUCACGAUGAUGAGCUUGAAGAGUCAGAAAAAUUCUACGUGGGGCAGCCCCGAUUUCUGCUGCUCUUCUAUGCCAUGUAUAAUACCCUGGUGGCCCGCUCGGAGAUGGUGUGCUACUUCGUGAUCAUCCUCAACCACAUGGUCUCUGCCUCCAUGAUCACGCUCCUGCUUCCCAUCCUCAUCUUCCUCUGGGCCAUGCUGUCCGUCCCCAGGCCCAGCCGCCGAUUCUGGAUGAUGGCCAUUGUCUAUACCGAGGUGGCAAUUGUAGUCAAAUAUUUCUUCCAAUUUGGGUUCUUUCCCUGGAAUAAGAAUGCGGAGGUGAACAAAGAUAAACCGUACCACCCCCCAAACAUCAUAGGAGUGGAGAAGAAGGAAGGUUAUGUCCUUUAUGACCUCAUCCAGCUCCUGGCUCUGUUCUUUCAUCGAUCAAUUUUGAAGUGCCACGGCUUAUGGGAUGAAGACGACAUGAUGGAAAGUGGCAUGGACAAGGAGGAAUCAGAUGAUGAGCUCUCCCUCGGUCAUGGCAGGAGGGACUCCUCGGAUUCUCUCAAGUCCAUCAACCUGGCCGCGUCCGUGGAGUCAGUGCAUGUGACCUUCCCGGAGCAGCAGACAGCUGUCCGGAGGAAGCGCUCCAGCAGCAACUCUGAGCCAUCCCAGAGAUCCAGCUUUUCUUCAAACAGAUCCCAGAGAGGCAGCACAAGCACCCGAAACAGCAGUCAAAAAGGAAGCAGCGUUUUGAGUAUUAAGCAAAAAAGCAAAAGGGAACUUUAUAUGGAAAAGCUUCAAGAACAUUUAAUCAAAGCAAAGGCCUUCACCAUAAAGAAGACGCUGCAGAUCUACGUGCCCAUCAAACAGUUCUUUUACAACCUCAUCCACCCGGACUAUAGCGCCGUGACUGACGUGUAUGUGCUCAUGUUCCUGGCUGACACUGUGGACUUCAUCAUCAUUGUCUUCGGCUUUUGGGCCUUUGGGAAACACUCAGCAGCUGCGGACAUCACCUCUUCACUGUCGGAGGACCAGGUCCCAGGGCCGUUUUUGGUGAUGGUCCUCAUUCAGUUCGGAACCAUGGUGGUGGACCGAGCCCUCUACCUCAGGAAGACUGUACUGGGAAAGGUCAUCUUCCAGGUCAUCCUUGUGUUCGGAAUUCACUUCUGGAUGUUCUUCAUCUUACCCGGUGUGACAGAGAGGAAAUUCAGCCAGAACCUGGUUGCCCAGCUUUGGUACUUUGUGAAGUGCGUUUACUUCGGGUUGUCUGCUUACCAGAUCCGUUGCGGCUACCCAACGCGAGUCCUGGGGAACUUCCUCACCAAGAGCUACAAUUACGUCAACCUCUUCUUAUUCCAAGGGUUUCGCCUCGUGCCCUUUUUGACUGAGCUGAGGGCAGUGAUGGACUGGGUGUGGACAGACACGACCUUGAGCCUGUCCAGCUGGAUCUGUGUGGAGGACAUCUACGCCCACAUAUUCAUCCUGAAGUGUUGGCGGGAGUCGGAGAAGAGAUACCCUCAGCCGCGGGGCCAGAAGAAGAAGAAAGUGGUGAAGUACGGCAUGGGAGGGAUGAUCAUUGUCCUGCUCAUCUGCAUCGUCUGGUUUCCUCUUCUCUUCAUGUCUUUGAUCAAAUCUGUGGCUGGGGUCAUCAACCAGCCCCUGGACGUCUCCGUCACCAUUACCCUGGGAGGGUAUCAGCCUAUUUUCACAAUGAGUGCCCAACAAAGCCAGUUGAAAGUUAUGGACCAGCAGAACUUUAAUAAAUUUAUACAAGCUUUUUCUAGGGACACCGGUGCUAUGCAAUUUCUGGAAAAUUAUGAAAAAGAAGACAUAACAGUAGCAGAACUGGAAGGAAACUCAAAUUCUUUGUGGACCAUCAGCCCACCCAGUAAGCAGAAAAUGAUACACGAACUCCUGGACCCCAAUAGUAGCUUCUCUGUUGUUUUUUCAUGGAGUAUUCAGAGAAACUUAAGUCUGGGUGCAAAAUCGGAAAUAGCAACAGAUAAGCUUUCUUUUCCUCUUAAAAAUAUUACUCGAAAGAAUAUCGCUAAAAUGAUUGCAGGCAACAGCACAGAAGGUUCAAAAACACCAGUGACCAUAGAAAAGAUUUAUCCAUAUUAUGUGAAAGCACCUAGUGAUUCUAACUCAAAACCUAUAAAGCAACUUUUAUCUGAAAAUAAUUUCAUGGAUAUUACCAUCAUUUUGUCCAGAGACAAUACAACUAAAUAUAACAGUGAGUGGUGGGUUCUCAACCUGACUGGAAACAGAAUAUACAAUCCGAACUCUCAGGCCCUGGAACUGGUGGUCUUCAAUGACAAAGUCAGUCCCCCAAGUCUGGGGUUCCUGGCUGGCUAUGGUAUUAUGGGAUUAUAUGCUUCCGUUGUGCUUGUGAUUGGGAAAUUUGUCCGAGAAUUCUUCAGUGGGAUUUCUCACUCCAUCAUGUUUGAAGAGCUUCCAAAUGUGGAUCGAAUUUUGAAGUUGUGCACAGAUAUUUUUUUAGUUCGAGAGACAGGAGAACUGGAACUAGAAGAAGAUCUCUAUGCCAAAUUAAUAUUCCUGUAUCGCUCACCAGAGACAAUGAUCAAAUGGACUAGAGAGAAAACAAAUUGAAACCUUAGAACACAGACUGCAAAUAAUGUUAACAUUUGAAUUUUUUUUAAAAGCACAAUAUUCUCAUAAGAGCUAAGCAUUUCUAGUUCAAUGGAAAUGGUUUGCUUCUCUUCUGACAGGUAGACAAAAGGAACUGACAUCCUUUUGCAGUAAAAGCUACCUUGCAAGUUAAGGCACUGUUGAAAAUGUUAUUUGUAACUCCAUUUCUCUGAAAUCAGGGCUACUUGCUUUAUGUUUUAGUCAACAGUGUCUUGCAUUCUGACCAUGUGAAGGAAUCAUGUAUGGGCCCCGUCCCUAAGAGAAACAGAAGAGGAGUCAGAUGGAAAGAUGCCUGUGUUUUCCUCUGUGGGCCCGUGCCCUUCCUGGAGAGAUGCUACAAUGCAAUAUACAGCACUCCAUCCCCAGUGGGGAAGCUGCUGUGAUGAGACUAGAUGAGCCUUCAACACACUCAGAAUAUGCAACAGCAAUAGGGAGCAGACAGCUCCUACCUGUGUUUCUAGGGGCAAAAGAGAGGGAACUAAUUGCCCAUGAAGACGCCAGUGGAAGGAUCAGCCUCAUUCUAAGCAAAAACAUAACAUUAGUGAUACUCUUACUGCCUUAUCUUAACCAAGGACUAAUAAGAUACCUUUCCAUUAAACACCAGUGACUGACUUCUCAGGAAAAAAAAAAAAAAAAAAAAAAAAAAAGCAGCAAAACAAAUGGUGUGGACACCUGCUUUGUUGUGGUCCAGCAGUGACCGGCUUCAAUGAGGGGAACCGUUCUGGAGGGCUGCGGUCUCCUGUGCAAACAGACGUGAGGCAGAAGAGUGAAAAGGCCGGCCCAGUGGGACCUGGAAUACUUUGUAACUCUUUAAGAACUGAGGUCAGGACCGCUCUGCUGCCUUCCCCGCCCCUCAGCGUGCUUUUUCCCAUUUCCAUGAUUUAAGGCAAGGGUUUUUCCAGUAUGUGACAUUUUCCUUCCUGUUUUUCAGGUCUAUCAAAGAGUUUACAUAUUCCAAUUCACAUUUUUACAUCUGAGACGGGUUUUUUAAGUUCAUAAUUAUGAAAGAAAUAUGUAUAUUGAGCUUGGGGAAAUAAAAAUGGCCUUUUCUUAAAUUAUUAUUAUUGGUAAUACAACCUCUUCAUUAAAUAACAAUGUAGCAUGAAAAAUUUAUGAUUUAAAUGUAGUUUUCAUUCCAUAUUAAGAUACAGUUUCUGAGAAGAAUCAUUGAAUGGACUAGAAUAUGUCAAAAAUUGAUCCUGUGUAGUUUGGGUUCAGGGCUGACUUAAAAUAAAGCACAUCCUGCAAAGUCA